AUGGCCGACGACGGCAGCAAGAGGCCCGGCCUCAUCGUUACCUUCUGGAUACUCGCCGUGGUCAGCGGCAUGAUGAUGGGUCUAAGGCUGUAUUGCAAGGUGUGGCGGAGCCGAGGUCUUUGGUGGGACGACUACACGAUGCUGCUAUCAUGGAUGGCCCUGGUGGCAAGCGUCUGCUUCGGCACAAUCAUGGUCCUGCGAGGAUUCGGAGACCACUUCUGGGCGAUUGGGCCGGACGACAUCGUCGUCGUCAACUUCAUGACAUUGCUGGUAACUAUUUUCUCGGUCGUGGCCACUUCUGUGAGCAAAACGUCGUUCGCUUUGACGUUGUGUCGGCUCACGUCGGACGUUUACCUGCAAGGCAUACUCGUCUUCAUCAUUGUUAGCGUCAACGUCUUGAUGAAUGCUAUCUGGGUCACAGCACUCGCCAUGUGCGCGCCGACCGAGUCGGUGACGAACAGCAAGAUUCCUGGGGAGUGCUGGAGCAGCCCAAUUCUCUUCAAGCUUUCACUUGCCAGUUCUUUUUAUUCAGCAGUCCUAGAUCUCAUCCUUGCGAUUCUGCCCUGGGUCGUUCUCAAGGAUAUGACGCUGAGCACACGGGAAAGGCUCGGGGUCUGCAUCGCCAUGAGCUUAGCCGCCCUCGCUGGUGGGAUCGCCAUGGCCAAAACAUUCAUGGUGUUCCAUAUGUCUUCAUCAGACUACACUUACUCUCGCGUCAACUUGGUCAUACUCGCAUUCGCCGAGCCUGCCAUCUCAAUUAUAGCCAUGUCUAUCCCCGUCCUCCGGACUCUGUACCGCGGGAUCAGAACCCGCCGCCGAAGCGAGUUCGGCAGCAAGUCCUCCCAAGCUCCCCUCCGCCAGCCGACAUUCUCCAGCUGGACCUCCGUGCAGGGCCCCUCAUCACGCAGAUCCACGUUGGGAAACCUGUGGAAGUACGGCCACCACUCCGUCAUCGUCUCGGCCGGCAGGCAGGGCUCGGUGGCGCCGCUGGAUUCGGGGAGCGAGUCGAGGAGGCAGAGCACCAAGAUUGUGAUACCGCCCCGGGGCGUGAUGAAGACAGAAGAGAUUGUCGUCCGUCAUGAGAAUAGAUAUUCAAGGGGUGACAGCAUCGCUGCCAUGACUACUGCAUCAAGCGCAAUUGAGAAGUCAUGGUGA